AACCAGAUCCAGUGUGCAGGCAGUGAGCACCUGUCCUGGUUUUUCUCCUCACCUUCCCUACAAAUCUCCCUUCCCUCCCCAGCUAGGAGUGUGAUCAUUCCAGGCUGCCAUGUCUGCAAGGAAAGCCCUGCCAGCUCUUUAUGACAAGUGGCAUCACCCCCCUUCCAGGUGCUGGGGACCUCAUUUUAUCAUCACCCGCUCUCCAUUCCUUGCACCCUCCAGCCUCACAUUUAACUUUGAAGAUGAGGAGAUUUAUGAGAAAGCAAACAAAGGGGAGAUGGAGGUGGAAAGAGCCCGUUCCCACACCGUAACCACCACAACCAGCACCUACUGUGACACCUUUACUACCACUGGCAGCUUAUCCUAUGACAGGAACUUCCUUGUCACUGCCCCAGGGCUGCUGCUGUUGGCAGAGAUCGUGUUUGGUUUGCUGGUCUGGGCACUGAUCGCCGGUUCUGAGUACUUCCUCUUUCCUGCCUUUGGCUGGGUGAUGUUCGUAGCAGUGUUUUACUGGGUCCUCACUGUGUUCCUUUUAAUCAUCUACAUCGCCAGAGCUUAUACCAGAAUCCCCAAAGUCCCUUGGGCGUUAGUAAGUCUAUGUUUUUAUGGAAGUGCCUUUGUUUUAUACCUCAUUGCUGCUGUGGUAGAUGCAACUUCAAUUACCAAAGAAAUCCUCGAUAAUCACAACUACAAUAGUUGGACGGCGUCUGCGGAAUUCCUAUUUUUCUCGUUUUCAGUUCUUUGCAUUCCUGGUCACCAUAUGUUACGCUGUAAGCACCUAUUUCAGUUUCCGCUUCUGGAGAAUACAGAGUUAACAUCCUCGCAACCACCAAAAUUACAAAUUGAAUGAAGCCACAGUUUGUGCAAGGAGCACUUUAACGUCAUUUUGUCUGGGUUUUAGAUUUACUGUGUAGUUAUUAAAUAUAUGGAAUUUAGGUACAUAAAUAUUUUGCAAUGCCUAUUUCCUAAAGUAAAAAGGUGUUUGUUUGGAUGGAUGUCUGUUUUAAGUUCUGUACUUUAUUAUAUAAUGUGAAAAAUUACUUGGUUCAAAAUAUAUAUUGUGCCACAAAAAGCUGUAAUAAAAGAACUGGUAAAAUUA